GAGUUCCUUCCCAUCCCAUAUCCUCCCCGGGUCCUCUAGACCCCUAGACCCCCAGAUCCCGGUCCCGGCAGCCUCCCGGGAUCUCGCCUAUGUGUCAGCCGUAGCCGGGGGCAGGUGCUGGCUCUCGUGCUGGUGGCCGCUCUGUGGGGUGGCACGCAGCCGCUGCUGAAGCGGGCGUCCGUCGGGCUGCAGCAGGUGCACGAGCGGACGUGGGCCCGGCAGUUGCUGCAGGAGAUGAAAAGCCUCUUCUUGAACACUGAGUACCUGAUGCCCUUCCUCCUCAACCAGUGCGGCUCCCUGCUCUACUACCUCACCUUGGCAUCCACAGAUCUGACUCUUGCUGUGCCCAUCUGUAACUCGCUGGCCAUCAUCUUCACACUGAUUGUCGGGAAGAUCCUUGGAGAAGAAAUCGGUGGGACCCGAGCUGUUGUUGGCAUGGUGUUCACGGUGACCGGAAUCAUGCUGUGCAUCGCGAGCUCGGUGAACAAGGCCCACAGGCAGCCGUCCACACUCUGACUUGUGCCAGAGCCCUGGGCCACAAGGCUCAGGCCCCGAGCAGAGAGAGCCGGCACUUCUCCCUCAGUCUCUGCCUCCUCCUCUUCCCUGCGGAUGAUGACUACCUCAUGGAUCUUGUGAGGGACCCAGACCACACACGGGCGACUAUGUGCACCCUCAGCAGCUCUCCUGCUGUCAUCCCAAGCCCUGCCCAGGCGCUACUACUGAGACCUAUGGAUUGUCACACGGCAGGCAGAUGCCACGGACUACAGCACCCUCACUGUGGUCUCUGAGCCAGAGGUGUCCACAGGAGGUCUCCAGGGCCAGUGUCUCAGCUGGCUGAGUGCUGCAGGGCAGCAGGCACAUCAGGAUGGUGGGAGAGGAGCUGUCUGUUCACCCUGCCUUGUCCCACCCCUGCAGUGAGCAAGCACCCCCUCACUGCUGCCUCCUCCCUGGCAGGUGGAUAACAGGAGCCUAGCCCUGCCUAACUCAGCACCCAGCAUGACUGCUGGGGAGCAACAGUUUCCAUAAACCUGCCGUCAAUGGA